UUGAGAACGUAACUGUCAAGUUGAUCUCUGUGGGAAACACUGGAUGAGGGCUCACAACGUCGUUUUUAUCGCGACAAGGAUUGCCGUAUUUUGACGUGGCAAAGAAUCAAAACAAAAAACAUGGCUACGAAUAACGAAGCACUGCCUCCCACUGGCAAUGGUUUCGACGAAUGGCAAAGUAUCGAUGAAAGAAACGGCUCUGAUAAGAGCUCAAAUAGUGGCAGUCAGAAUUCAUCCAGUUGGUAUUUGGUUCAGGAUUCCUCUUCAGUGGUGGAUAUGGGUGAUACUGAUGAGCUGCAGUCUGAAACAGUUAUCGACAUUGAAAGCUCUGAUGAGCAAGCAAGACCACAGUCAUCAAUGUCUGAAAAUGAAUUUAUUAACCGAAUGAGGGACCAUAUGGCGGAGGAAGUUGGUGGAUAUGUCUGGAAUGCUAGUAAACAGACAGCCAAACGAGCUUUUGAUCUCUACGCAAAUAUUGACAUUCUACGUCCUUAUUUUCAUGUUGAACCUCAUGAAGUAAGAGAAAGGUUAAUUGCAUCAAUGAUGCCACAAGUUCCCAAACAGACAUCUCCUGUAACUGUAAAUGGUGAGCUUUAUGGUCCAUUGAUGUUGGUUUUUACUCUGAUUGCUAUUCUUCUGUUUUCAAUGAAAUCAUCUGGCCACACAGUGCAAGAGGGAACUUUGAUUGGAACAGCGUUUAUUGCUUGUUUUGGCUACUGGCUUGGUGCUUCAUGUAUUUUUAAGAUUGUCGCUCACGUUUGCAACACACAUCUUACUUCAUUACAGAUUCUCUCGCUUACGGGUUAUGCACUAUCUGGACCAUGUAUCUGUUUAUUUAUCACAACAUUUAUCCAGCAUGAUACACAUAUUUCCUUCUAUCUUUUGUGGGUAAUCUUUGGUGGUUUGCCUUCUCUAAGAAUGGUGAGUGUAUUUGUCAGCAGAACAUGGCAGAAGAAACAGGGCCUGAUUGCUGGUGGCAUUGUGGCUGCAAUUCACAUGUUAUUUUUACUCUAUCUCCAUUUUGCUUUUCAUGAAGUGAAUGCAGUUUUGUCAUUUGAACAAGAUCAAAUAAUAAUUGGACAUAAAUAUACAACUCAAGUUAUUGUCGGUGAAAACUUUCUGCCCGUUGAAGGAGGGAGGCCCCAUCUUAGAGUGGCUAGGAGUCUCAACUCAAGUCUUCCUAAUUCAAUGGCAUCUUAACAAUGAUCAGCUUAAUUUCAUAUUAACUGGGAAUGAGGUCGUAAUGAUGGAUACGCUUCCUUGAGUUGGGAUUUUUAUUAUGCAAAUAUGACUGAAAGAUGAAAAGUAUAUUUAAAAAUUCGAGCUCUAACAAAUGGCAACGCAGCUUCAGCCUUCUUAGAAAGAUGGGAUCUUAGAAGGAUGAGAUAACAGCUGACAAUUUCUACCAGCCAAGAUUCAGUAAUGUUAUGGUCAUGCAGGUUUGCAAAAUAUCUUGUGCCCAUUGGACAAAUUUGAAGAGGUCUUCACAAGCCUAAAUAAAUAUUCUGUAUAAUAUGUGACUAAUAUUAAAUUGAGCCUCAGUAUAAAAUAGUUUAGUCAUUUAAAAGAUUUUAGAGGAAAUAGUAAGAAUGAGUUAGACAUUCAUGAAAUUAUCAAGCAGGGAGGGAAGGGAGAGUUUUUAGAUAUGAAAGAAUACAAUAUGAAUAUACUGGGUGGUUUAUGGAUAAAUUGUAAAUGGAUAAACUGCAUGAAUGUUUGAUUAUUAUAAUGCCAGCCCAUGGUCAGUGGUGUACAAUAUGACAGCAAAAAGUUGAAGGUAUACAUAGCAAAGAGACAACAGUACAUAUUCAUUGUUUUGUGAAAGGUUAAAAUAUUCUUUUUGAACUAUUAAAU